GUGCGCCUCAGGAGCGAUGGCGGCGGCCUGAACUCACCUAGCAGCACCGCGACGAUAGGGCCUGGCCGAGUCGGCGUUCUGUGAGCGGACGAUUUGCAAGUCUGGACUGGGCAGUGAAUUCUGGGCUUACUACUGCCUGGUGUAACCUUUGGCUCCAUGGCCAGCCACUGGCUCCUACAGACCGGAUGAAGCAGCCUGGAGACACAAGUGAAGAAAGCCUCCAGGUGGCCCAUCCUCAGAGUGUAGCCCUCUGGCUGCUGGCCUCGUCCAGCUUGCCUCAUGGAGAGGAUGAACUGGCUGAGCAGACUGGCCUCCCGAGGCCCUGGGCACCGUGUACCUCAAGGGGCCAGUCUACAGACCCCUGUCAUGGCUGACCCUGAGACCUGCCUCAUGGUCUUCAAGAAUCAUUGGUCCCAGGUGGUACGAAUCCUGGAGCGGCAAGGCCCUCGGGCAGCUCCUGGGGGUGCAGAUGAUCUCAGUGCUGUGCGCAACCACACCUACCAGAUGUUGACACUGCUAGCAGAAGAUCGUGCGGUCCCUUCAGCCCCCACUUGCCCUGGGCCCCUGCUGGAGUUUGCUCUGCGUGAGGAUCUGCUGACCCGUGUGUUGGCAUGGCAGCUGCAAUGGGAUGAACUUGGGGAUGGGGUUGAGGAGCGACGGGCUGAACAACUGAAACUAUUUGAGAUGCUAGUGAGUGAAGCUCGCCAGCCAUUGUUACGGCAUGGUCCAGUUCGUGAGGCUCUGCUCACCCUGCUGGAUGCCUGUGGUCGCCCUGUGCCCAGUAGCCCAGCACUGGAUGAAGGCCUGGUGCUAUUUCUCAGCCAGCUGUGUGUGUGUGUGGCCCGGGAGCCUUCAUUACUCGAGUUCUUCCUGCAGCCACCUCCGGAACCUGGAGCUGCCCCACGUCUUCUCCUGUUUUCUCGCCUUGUCCCUUUCGUCCAUCGAGAGGGUACUCUGGGCCAGCAAGCCCGUGAUGCCCUCCUUCUGCUCAUGGCUCUGUCAGCUGGGAGCCCCACCGUGGGCCGCUACAUCGCGGAUCACUCUUACUUCUGCCCGGUGCUGGCCACAGGGCUGAGUGCCCUGUACUCCUCACUGCCCCGAAAGAUUGAGGUGCCAGGGGAUGAUUGGCACUGCCUGCGACGAGAAGACUGGCUGGGAGUGCCAGCCCUUGCACUUUUCAUGAGUUCCCUAGAGUUCUGCAAUGCAGUCAUUCAGGUGGCUCACCCCCUGGUGCAGAAGCAGCUGGUUGAUUAUAUCCACAAUGGGUUCUUGGUGCCUGUCAUGGGACCUGCCCUGCACAAGACCUCUGUGGAGGAGAUGAUCGCCAGUACCGCGUAUCUGGAACUUUUCCUAAGGAGUAUCUCCGAGCCUGCCUUGCUCCGUACCUUCCUGCGAUUCCUGUUGUUACACCGGCAUGACACCCACACCAUCCUUGACACCCUCGUUGCCCGUAUUGGCAGCAACUCCCGGCUCUGCAUGGUCUCUCUGAGUCUCUUCAGGACCCUCCUGAACCUCAGCUGUGAGGAUGUCCUGCUGCAGCUGGUUCUCAGGUAUCUUGUCCCAUGUAACCACGUGAUGCUGAGUCAGAAGCCAGCUGUGCGUGAUGUGGACCUAUAUGGACGAGCAGCUGACAAGUUUCUCUCCCUAAUCCCACGCUGUUGUCGCCACCGUGCCCCUAGCCCACCUCGUCCAGAGCAUGCCUCAUGGGCACGAGGUGGGCCUAGCAGAGAGGCAGGGAGAAGGGAGGACAUCACGGGCCCUGGAAGCCCAAGUGUUGACUCCUCCUCUAUGGUGACCAUGCCCCGGCCCUCUACACCAUCUCGUUUGGCUCUCUUCCUGCGGCAGCAGAGCCUGGGUGGCUCUGAGUCCCCAGGCCCAGUGCCUCGCUCACCAGGGCUUGCUGCAUCCCCAGCUUCUAGCCCUGGCCGACGGCCUAGCCCUGUGGAGGAGCCUGGUGAGCUGGAAGACAAUUACCUGGAGUAUCUGCGUGAGGCACGCCGUGGUGUAGACCGCUGUGUCCGAGCCUGCCGUACCUGGUCUGCCCCUUAUGAUGGCGAGCGUCCCCCUCCUGAGCCCAGUCCUGUUGGCUCCCGGACUAAGAAACGCAGCCUACUGCCUGAGGAGGACAGGGAUAAAGUGGGGGAAGGGGAGGAGGAAGAGCCGGGGAGUAGGGGGCUAACUGGGGGUACAGGGGAGGGUCCUGGCCACCUACCCCCUCCCCAGCUCAAUGGGGUGCCAGGACCAUGGCCUGAGGGGCCCAAGAAGGUUCGUCUGGUACCACAUGCAAUGCCACAUGAGGGAGCUGGGGAACUGCCAGAGGGAACCUCAGAGGGCAUGACAGGACUAGAGAGCUUUGGGCAGGAGCUCCGUGAGCUGGAGGUGGCAUUGAGCAAUGGGGGAGCUGGCUCAGAGGCCCCCUUAGAACCUCCACUACCUCUUGAGGAGGAGGAGGCCUACGAGAGCUUCACUUGUCCCCCUGAACCCCCUGGCCCCUUCCUCAGCAGCCCUUUGCGGACUCUGAACCAACUGCCGAGCCAGCCCUUCACUGGCCCCUUCAUGGCUGUGCUCUUUGCCAAACUCGAGAACAUGCUGCAGAACUCCGUCUAUGUCAACUUCCUGCUGACGGGGCUGGUGGCCCAGCUGGCCUGUCACCCCCAGCCCCUGCUACGCUCUUUCCUGCUCAACACCAACAUGGUCUUCCAGCCCAGUGUCAAGUCCUUGCUGCAGGUGCUGGGCUCUGUGAAGAAUAAGAUUGAGAGCUUUGCAGCCUCCCAGGAGGACUUCCCAGCACUGCUAUCCAAAGCCAAGAAGUACCUCAUUGCUCGUGGCAAGUUGGACUGGGCUGAGGGUCCUACAGCAGGACCUGCUUCCCGCCGUUCCGAUCCCCUAGUGAAGAGCCGGAGGCCAUCCUUGGGGGAGUUACUCCUGCGGCAUGCACACAGUCCAACCAGGGCCCGGCAGGCGGCACAGUUGGUCCUUCAGCCUGGGCGAGACGGAACAGGACUUGGCCUAGGUGGGGGCUCCCCUGGGGCUUCAACUCCAGUUCUACCCGCCCGGGGAGGGACCCCUGAGCGUCAAGGUGAGGCUCUGCGAGUCAAGAAUGCUGUCUACUGUGCAGUCAUUUUUCCCGAGUUUCUCAAGGAGUUGGCUGCCAUCUCCCAGGCCCAUGCUGUCACCUCGCCUUUCUUAUUGGAUACUUCAGAGGAGGGAUCUGGCCCUCCCAUCUCAGGCUCUGGGUCCCUCAAUCCUUAACUUUCUUCCAUGGACAAUCAGGGCCACAGGUGCUCUGGGCUGCAGCCAGGGCACAGGCUCCUUUUUAUGUUCUGAGGCAGUGGCAAAGGACUUUUUAAUUUAUUUCAGAUGAAUGUUUUAUGGAGAAAUUGUUGCAAUAUGUAUAAAAGGGAAAUCUCUAUUCUGUGCUCAUUCUUCUUUCCCACCCUUUCAUCUACGGGCUGGGGCCCUAAAAAAGAUUGUAUGUAAUGGGGAGGUGGUCAGGGAUGUUUUCUCUCUGGUGAGGGAAGACCUGUAUGCCAGGGUUUCGAGGUACCUCUUAGGCCCUUAGAGGGUAAGGAGACUUGAAACCUAGGAGAAAAGGGAAAUUCUCUUCCUUCUGGGCCCCAGAAGAAAGAAGCACCAUAGGCCCAGGAUGGUUUGGGGGAGCAGCAGCUGAUGUUUAUUGGGAACCAGUAUCCCUAUGUCAGAUCUUGGGGGCUUUGCCCCCUGCAUCUCUCGCCUCAGCUUCAGUCGUCGCUGUCGAACUCCGAGGACAGACCCUGCAGCAGGGGCAGGGACAUGGAGUGCCGGUCGGGAUCCCCGGGUCCCCCACCCUGGGCUCCUGGUGGGGGACUGCGGGGGCUGAAGAGCCAGUUCUCUGCCAGGGUUGGGGAUAGUCACAACUUGACUCAUGCCCUGGUCUUUCUGCCUCCCUACUCCCUCCCUCUGGUCCUCUGUGCUAUCCCCACACCCUCAAUCAGGGCCACAUUCUUCCAUCUCACCCUCCCUUGUCUCCCAUACUCCACCCUCAGCAGGGUUCUGUGGAGUUCUGGGUGCCCCACAGUUUCUCGGGCUGUACUUCCCAUGCCCUCCCCCUCUCCCGGCACAUACACUUUGUCCCUUCCAUUCCUCUUGUCUUCAUUUCCCCUAGUAGUACCUGACAACAUCUGGGGCCCCCUCCGGAAGGGGUUUCGGCUCUUGUAGGAGAAUCUGGUGGGUCUUCCCUCUGGCCCUUCCUGGGGAGGUGGUGUAGGUGGGGCUGGGACAGGUGGGGGCACAUCAACAGCUUCGGGGAUAUCAGCAGGUGCUGAUGUUGGGGACAGAGUUGGCAUGAUGCUGAAGUUGGGUCUGACCCAGUUGGCUCCUUGGGGCAAUGGGUCUUUAGUCAGAGGUUUCUGUGGUCCCAGCACACCUUUGGGCUGCAGUGAAAACUUAAGGCAGGAGAAGGCAACAGGCAAUGACCGCUGUAACCGGAGCAGCUGGGGCUCACGGGCUGUAGGCAACAGCCCCAGCUGCAGCCAGGAGCAGGAGAAGACCUGGUAGAUGACAUAGAUGCUGUGGGUGCUUCGGAGCCAGGGAAGAGUCUGCUGUAGGCUCACCUGCCCUGGCGGCAGCAACAGGAAGGCAACCUUCUU